GAAUCAACUGCUCUUGGUUGGCCCCUUUUCACAUCUGUUGGUGAUUUUCAUGGCCGUCAAUUACGUUGGAGAUUCCAUUUGGUUCUCGUUGUUCUUAAUUCCAUUGGCAACAACAUUGAUCUUCUCUUGACAAAAAUGGUCUGGUGUGGCGGCGUAGGAGAUAAGCUUUUAGGUUUGAUGGAGUUUUUGAUAACAAAUAGAAGUGUGGGGUUGUCUACGGCUAUGGGCUAUGCAGCCAUGGAUGUCGCAAGUCUUCUCAUGCAUGAAUCCCAACAAGUCUCUCUGUUUCGUCGGGUAAGUUACGGCUAUCUUGUCUUAGUGAUAGUGAUGGGUUUGUCUGGCAGCGAAGGACAUGAGAAUUUAGAGAUGAUGAUGUCUUUGUUAACAAAUUCAUGGUUGGGUUUGUUUCAACUUUUGGUCUCCACGACGGUGGCCGACGUCAUUACGUUUUUCGUUGUUAGGGUUUUCUCUCCUCCUUCCAGAGGAGUACUUGUCCGUGUGAUGACUAUGUGGUUCAUUCACGGUGUUUUUCUGGGUAUGCUCGGCGUUUUCGGUCUGGCGACAAUAAUUGUCGACAGCGAUUUAGUGAAAAUUUGCAAUCCUAGAUGCAUAUGGGAUCCCGGAAUUACAUCGAAGGCAUUUGUCGUGAAGAUCUCCAACGACGUCUAUGGUGUGGAAUGUACAAUAGGAUGGGCCUACACCGGUAUCAAGCCAAACUUUUUGCUUCGUGCAAUGGCACCGAUAUGGACUAAUUGGUAUCGGAAUGUCGAGAUUAUAAAACUCAUUACAGGAGCAACGGGUUUAUUCUAUGUGAUGUGGAGUUUCAAACAAAGAAUGCCAAUAAGGCAUCUGUAUCACACUCGAGUAAGAUGGCUUUUAAAGAAGGAACAUAUCAUGUAUUGUAACAUGAUUGCGAGUAAGGCUUAUGGAAAAGAAGCAUCGUUAAAUUCACUUCUUCGAUUAUGUCAUCUUCAACAUAUGGCUCAUAAAUUUGCUUAUGUAAUAAACUGCCACUGUAAAGUUUUGUAUUGGCAUUGUAUGGUUGUAAUACCCAUUGUUUAAUAAAAGUUUUUAGAAGGAAAAAAAAAA